CUCACCUGCUGUGUUGACUGUAGUUCUGCAACUCACCUGCUGUGUUGACUGUAGUUCUGCAACUCACUACAGCCACAGAUUGCCUAAUUAGAUUAACCAAGAGGCUUUCCUGUGGUAAUCAUUUAGCGAGCCUCUUCCUUUGAUGAACACUGUGCUGCCCAAGACGGCAUGCUGAAGGUCAAAUGAAUUUCAUUAAAGGAAUGGAAUAUUUCUUGGAUGUAUGUAUGGUGUUUUACUGUUCUCAUGUGAGGUGCUAAUCAGUCAGCUUUUAGAAACAAAGGCUUGUCUUCGGGGGUGUUGGGAGCUGCUCACAGCUUAGCUGUAAUCUUUUCUCAUCGUUGCUUCAGGAAUGGAUUUGAAACUACAAUGUGAGUACAGUGUGGACAAUAUACCGUUUGUCUUUUAAGAGGCACAAUCAUGUUUGAUUGACUAAUACAUGUCCAAAUUUGUAGGUUAAUUUGGUAGGUGAGUGUGUAUUAUGUAGUUUUUUAUUAUGUUAAGAAUCAACUAUGUGAAUUCUGUGAUGAAAUGUAGGUGAAUAUAUUCUGCAGCAGUAGUGCCAUUCUUAACCUCAGCACUAAACUAAAAACUAAACUAGGUGUGCAUCAUAAUCUUCUCACCAGAUCAUAUUUGUUCACUCAUUACUUCACUGCAUCACAUCGAUGCCCGUGAUUUUUAAGUUGACUUUAGAUAUAUUUUUUUUGUGUAUUAGGUCUUUCACAUUUUUUUUUCUUGUACUUACUUUAAAGUAGAACUUUGCCUGUGAAUCUGUUUUGCAUGAGUCCUGUUUUAUGUUACAGAACUAAAUUUAUCCCUUCAAUCUUAAACGGUCUCGGCAGAUCUUGCCUCUGAAGCACUGCCGGAAAAGCCGACUGUCACUUCACACAUUUGUUCAUGUCUCCCAUAAAGAUGGGUGACAUAAUGUUGGUAUGAUUCUCUCACUGAUUAAUCGUAGAGUCAUCUGCUUUGGCAUUUAUGACAGAAGAACUGUGACCUGUCACUGGGUCUGAACGGUGCUCAAGGAAGUUUACCAGCUGUCAGAUUUAAUUAUUUGAGUUUUAGUGGCGGUGUUGUAGAAUAUAAAAUGAAUCUGAGUUAAGAACUUGCAAAUCUUGUUUAGACCUUGGCCAGAUCUAUGAAAUAGUCUUGGUUUUCUCAUGCAUCAAUAAUGAUUAUAAUUCUUUUCCUCUCUUUCAGAUGUAGCACAGAGUGGAUCUAAACAACCUGUAUCUUCAAUGGUCCUUAUUAAUCCAAUAUGAAAAAGCAUACACAGUUGCAACAAAUGGACACUGCUAUUUACAUGCUUCCAGUUUUGGGAACUUGUUUUCAGCUCCCCUGAGUCAUUAGUGGUUUAUGGGUAAUUCUGGGUUUUACCUCUGAAUACAUUGCUUGGUGUGCGUCAGAGGAGACAUGGCCCGAAAUUCUCGCCGUGGUUCCAAGUACAAAGCAGACGCCAACCACGAUGCUGAUUUUGGUUGCACGCUUCAAGAGCUUCGGUUGCUCAUGGAACUCCGAGGUACUGAGGGAGUACAAAGAAUCCAGGAGUGUUAUGGAGAUAUCCAAGGACUCUGCUCCAGGUUAAAAUCGUCACCCAUAGAUGGGCUGAGCAUAAAUGCUGAUGACCUUGCAAGAAGAAAAGAACUAUUUGGAAAAAAUUUCAUACCUCCAAAAAAGCCAAAAACAUUCCUUCAGUUAGUGUGGGAAGCACUGCAGGAUGUGACACUAAUUAUUUUGGAAGUUGCAGCCGUGAUCUCCUUAGGCCUUUCUUUCUAUAGACCUCCAGAUGCUGAAAGAGAAAACUGUGGAAGAGCUGCAGGAGGAGUGGAGGAUGACAGUGAAGCAGAUACAGGAUGGAUAGAGGGUGCUGCCAUCCUUUUGUCCGUCAUAUGCGUGGUGCUUGUCACUGCCUUUAAUGACUGGAGCAAAGAAAAGCAGUUUCGUGGCUUGCAGAAUCGCAUUGAACAGGAGCAAAAGUUCACAGUUGUACGAGGAGGCCAAGUCAUUCAGAUUCCUGUGUUCGAGAUUGUCGUUGGAGACAUCACUCAAGUAAAAUAUGGUGAUCUCCUUCCUGCUGACGGCGUACUAAUCCAAGGAAAUGAUCUAAAAAUUGACGAGAGCUCCCUCACAGGAGAGUCGGACCAUGUCAGAAAGACACUGGACAAAGAUCCCAUGCUACUCUCAGGCACUCAUGUUAUGGAGGGGUCAGGAAAGAUGUUGGUCACUGCAGUGGGCUUGAAUUCUCAGACUGGUAUCAUCUUCACCCUCCUCGGUGCAGGAGAGGAUGAAGGAGAGGAUGAAAAAGAAGAAAAGGAGCGGAAGAAAAAGAAGAAGGAGGAAAAGAAGAAAGAAAAAGAAAGGCAAAAGAUGGAGAGAAAAGACAAGAAGGACAAAAGAACAGACAAAGAGCAAGAUGUAUUGGACAAGUACAAUGAUAAAGAUGGAGUAGGUGCUGAAGGCCAGGUUCUCAGCAGUGAGGAUGGGACAGUGGUUGAGGACAAAAAGAAAUCCAGUCUGCCAAAGAAAGAAAAAUCUGUACUUCAAGGGAAGCUCACCAAAUUAGCUGUGCAAAUUGGAAAAGCAGGUCUUUUCAUGUCAGCCAUCACAGUCAUUAUCUUGGUGGUGCUCUUUUUGGUGGACACUUUCUAUAUCCAAGGACUUCCAUGGAUUAAAGACUGCACCCCUGUCUAUAUCCAGUUCUUUGUCAAGUUCUUCAUUAUUGGAGUCACUGUGUUGGUCGUUGCUGUGCCUGAGGGACUUCCUCUUGCUGUCACCAUCUCAUUAGCGUACUCUGUCAAAAAAAUGAUGAACGAUAACAACUUGGUCAGACACUUGGACGCAUGUGAGACGAUGGGAAAUGCUACUGCCAUCUGCUCAGAUAAGACGGGCACGUUAACCAUGAACAGAAUGACUGUGGUGCAGGUGUAUGUGGGAGACAGACACUACAGGAGGGUACCUGAACCUGACCUCAUUCACAGCAAGAUCUUGGAUCUACUGAUCAUUGGCAUUAGUGUUAACUGUGCAUAUACUUCUAAGAUCAUGCCACCUGAGAAGGAAGGUGGACUACCUCGUCAGGUGGGGAACAAAACGGAAUGUGCCUUGCUGGGGUUUACGCUUGACUUGGGCCGAGACUACCAAAUCAUCCGCAAAGAAUAUCCAGAAGAGAAGCUUUUCAAAGUAUACACCUUCAACUCCGGGAGAAAAUCCAUGAGCACAGUGCUGAAAAAUUAUGAUGGAAGUUACCGGAUGUUCAGCAAAGGAGCCUCUGAAAUUCUCCUGAAGAAGUGCUGUAAAAUCUUAACAGCUAGCGGUGAUUCCAUGGUCUUCAAGCCUAGAGAUCGAGACGACGUGCUGAAUAACGUGAUUGAGCCCAUGGCUUUAGACGGUUUGAGGACAAUCUGCCUGGCCUACAGGGAUUUUCCUGCCUUAGAGGGGGAACCAGACUGGGACAAUGAGGCCGACAUCCUCACAGGCCUUACUUGCAUCUGUGUCGUGGGCAUUGAAGAUCCUGUACGGCCAGAGGUCCCUGAUGCCAUUAAAAAAUGCCAGCGGGCAGGAAUCACAGUACGUAUGGUCACCGGCGACAACAUUAACACUGCCCGCACUAUUGCCAAUAAGUGUGGCAUCCUCAGUCCUGGAGAUGAUUUCCUUUGCCUUGAGGGCAAAGAAUUCAACAGGCGAAUACGCAAUGAACUAGGAGAGAUUAAACAAGAGCGUAUUGACAAGAUUUGGCCUAAACUGCGUGUGUUGGCAAGAUCCUCUCCCACAGAUAAGCAUACAUUAGUAAAAGGUAUAAUCGAUAGCACAGCUUUAGAGCAAAGGCAAGUAGUAGCUGUAACAGGAGAUGGAACAAAUGAUGGCCCUGCCUUGAAGAAAGCUGAUGUUGGCUUUGCCAUGGGCAUUGCUGGAACAGAUGUAGCCAAAGAGGCCUCCGACAUUAUCUUGACAGAUGACAACUUCACCAGCAUAGUGAAAGCUGUGAUGUGGGGACGAAAUGUCUAUGACAGCAUCUCAAAGUUCCUGCAAUUUCAACUGACAGUCAAUGUAGUGGCUGUAGUCGUGGCAUUCACUGGCGCCUGUAUCCUACAGGUCAGUGUUUUUCUCAAAAUAUUCCUCCUAUCCUGGAGGUAUUUUUGUGUAGAUGGCAGAGUUUACAGCGUUUCCUCCCUAUCACAGGACUCUCCACUAAAAGCAGUCCAGAUGUUGUGGGUAAACCUGAUCAUGGACACAUUUGCAUCACUGGCUCUGGCCACCGAGCCACCCACUGAGGCUUUACUGCUGAGGAAACCCUACGGUCGCAACAAGCCCCUAAUCUCCAGAACCAUGAUGAAGAACAUUUUGGGUCAUGCUGUAUACCAACUCACUAUCAUCUUUACUCUGUUGUUUGCUGGUGAGAAGAUCUUUGAUAUUGACAACGGCAGGAAUGCUCCUUUACACGCCCCUCCUUCAGAACACUACACAAUCGUCUUCAAUACCUUUGUCAUGAUGCAACUCUUCAAUGAGUUCAACGCUCGCAAGAUCCAUGGCGAGAGGAAUGUGUUUGAUGGCAUCUUCAACAACCUGAUCUUCUGCUCCAUUGUUUUUGGCACAUUUGUUAUCCAGAUUGUGAUUGUGCAGUUUGGUGGAAAGCCCUUCAGUUGUGUAGGACUUAGUAUUGAACAGUGGCUUUGGUGUGUCUUUCUUGGCUUUGGGUGCCUCAUCUGGGGUCAGUUGAUAACCACGAUUCCCACAAGUCGGCUGAAGUUCCUGAAGACUGCUGGCCAUGGUACCCAGAAGGAGGAGAUCCCAGAAGAGGAACUGGAGGAGAUGGAGGCACUGGAUGAGAUCGACCAUGCUGAGAUGGAAUUGAGAAGAGGACAGGUCCUCUGGUGCAGGGGCCUCAACAGAAUCCAGACACAAAUUCGUGUGGUAAAUGCCUUCCGGGAAGCUUUGUCCCCUUAUGAAGGCUUGGAAACUCCAGAAUCUAGAAGCUCCAUCCACAACUUCAUGACCCACCCAGAGUUCCGCAUUGAAGACUCUGAUCUGGCCAUUCCCCUAAUUGAUGAAACAGAGUCUGAGGAAGAUGGACCAAGAAAACGCAGUUUUGUACAAUCAGCCAUUCCUUCUCGCAUAUCUUCACCUAACCAGAACAAUAAUUCUGCCAACAGCAGAACAUUUCAUCACUACAAGGACUUAAAGACCAUUCCUCAAACCCCUGGUAGUCCCAUGCACAGUCUGGAGACAUCACUGUGAUUUUACUCAUGCUAAAAACCCUGGUAAGAUCACAUCUAUACCAACCAUGCUAUGACCAUGUCAACAAAGAGCACAACCAGGAGGUCUGGUGAAUGUGAUUUCUUCAAGUACGACAUUCCUGGAUCAAAAUCCCUUUGUUGUUAAUAAAAAAUUAUUUAUCUAAUCACUGCCUAAUGUAAUAAGGGUGUGCCUUUUACUCCUCACUUGAGCAUUUAUCCCAAAUAUAUUGCAACUCUGCAUUUCAGUUCAUAACAGUUUACAUGAAUCCAUAAGGAAGCCUGAAGCUGCACCACUUUUAUCAUAUUUUGGUAGAUAUGUAGUCUUCUACACUAAGUGCUGAAGAACUUAGUUGAACUAACCUUAACAAACUACUGAAUGCUUAUACAGGUUUCAGCGAAUAUUGUCUUUUUUUUUUUUUUUUUUUUUAAACAAAUAAACAAUAUUGAUUACAUUUAUUCAGUGUAGCGUUAGACAGUAACUUUCUUCUGGAAACCAACAAAAAUGUGUCUGGAUGGCAUUUUCAAGAGGAAAAAGAAUCAGAGGGUGGGUGUGAGUUUAAUGUGAUUGAGUAAAAUAAAUUUUCUAAAAACAACAAGGUGAUGUUGGUUAACAACACAUUUGAAGAAAUCAUGUUCACAGAGGAGGCAACUGGGUGUUCUUGUACUGAAAUGGGGAUUUUCUGUCUGUGGAUACAUUUGGUCUGAAAAUGUAGUUAAUCUUUUGAUUCAUUUGUAAAUAUUUUCAUCCCAGGGGAUCUAUAAAAAAUAAAAGAUUCCUGGUUAAUGCAUUUUCCUCCAGACAAUUUUUUAGUGAUUGAUAUUGGAUUCAGAGUUUGACCCAAAUUGCUUAUUCCCCCAUGCUUUUUUUUAAUUAAACACUUUGACAUAUUAUGAAUUUGUUGUUUAUAUUAUAGUUGAAAUGGUCUGCUUACAUGCUUUUGGAGAAUCUUACCUUGCAUGAACUUGGGAUACAUAUGAGGUUUAAACAUGGUUGCUGCUGUAUCUGUAUGUGAGCUUUUUAAGGAGUAUACCAAUUGAUAGAACUAUGUUAAGCCUUCAGACUUUUGUUCAAGUUUAGUUGAGUCUGGAAUAAAUUGGAGGAAAGAGUUGUCACUCAAUAUGCAAUUUAAGCACAAAAACUUUAAAAUUAAUAAAAACUUUGUACACUAUAGACUAAUACUUAACUGUUCUGUUCAAGUGAUUGAAAGUGUUUGUACAUUGAACACUGCCACCUGCCUUUUUGAUCAUUGCAUUGAUCUUUGUCUCAGGCUUAAGUUCAUCAGUCCCUGGUUAUUUUAUCGUAAACAAUAAAUAUAUUCGGCACAAUGAUGCCAAAUCAGAGUAGCUGCACUACAUAAGAACUUGAAAUAUAUUAAGUGUUUUAAAUUUAGAUACUUUAAGCUAAAUUUGAUGUAGUUUUGUAAUUUCUUUCCAUUGAUACUCUCAGAUAGUGCCCUGCGAUGGGUUAGCACCCCGUCCAGGGUGUCCCCUGGGUUGUGCCCUGAGUUCCCUGUGAUAGGCUCCAGGCUCUCCUGUGACCCUGUGUAGGAUAAGCACUAUGGAAAAUGGAUGGAUACUCACAGAUAUUGUUUACUUCUAAAAGAUGAGCACACUAUGUAUUUUUUUUUUUUUUUUUUUUUUUUUACCAAAUUAUCCCACAGACCCUUUGGCAAUAUAACAAAUUGACAAUCGGUGUAUUUCUUUAGCAAAAGUACAUAAGUUUUUCACGUCAUGACUUGAAAAUGUUGGCUUCUGUUGAGAAUUUUAAAAAGGCAAUAGGCUAUGUUCUGUUGUGUUGCACAUAAUGUUAGAAAAGGCUCUUUGAUUCUGUUUGUUUCACUGUAGUUUCAUUCCUAUUUUGGGAAUUAAUGUUGAUCUGUCUGUUUAUGGAUUUUUUUUUUCUAUUGUAAUAUGUCAAUUACUUACGGUCUUAUCGUGAUCAGUGUAAACUGUGAUUGUGGUUCAAUUUACAUUUUGUAAGUGUGAGUAAUGUGUGUGUUUGGCAAUAAAAUGUGUAUUUAGUUAAAAAAUUCACACAAUAUUGCAACACCAAUGUUGGUUAAAUGUUUGGCAUUGUUGAUUGUUUAUUAUCAAUAGUAGCUCAAGCAUUCAUAGCUACAAGGAGUGUCAGUCUCGUUUUCAGGAAGACAGUUUGAUACACACCUUGAUAUAAGUAUGAUGUUUUAAAAUAUAUAUUUAGUGCAGUAAACUAUUUAAUUCAUAAUUUAGAGCUGUUUUUAUAUAGUGUGGUGUAAUUUAAUGUUAGGUAGUUUAGAUUUAAUUGAAAAAGGGUAAGCUUUAAGGGGUGACCAGGCCUUAUUAAGUGUGAUUGACAUUUCAGAGGAGCAUGGAAGGGGACAGAGAGACAGAAAUGAACCAAGGCACUCAUUCGUUAACCUCUGUUUCCAACCCUAGUCCUGAAGUACACCCUGUUUAGUGGGUUUUUUUCAUGCUCAUAUCUCACCUGAUUGGCUAAUUAACAGGCCUCUGAGUUGAUCAGAGCAGGGAAACCGUUCAAAUGUAUAGGACAGGGGGUAUGCUAGGAUCAGGGAUAUGAGCCUGUGUGCUAAUUUGUAGCAGUAAUUUAAAAACAUCAUCAUAAUGUUGUUGGACAUGAAUUAAACCUCUAGGUGGCGCUGUUGUGGAGAUGAACUGGAUUCUGUAGCAGCAGGUGAUGCCCAUUUUCAAUGAAAGGCUACAUAUUUUACUAACUUUCGCAUACCAGGACUAAUAAGUAGAGUAAUUAAAGCUAAUUACUUCAUACGUGCAAAUAGUAAGAGUGGCAAACUGUAAAACAGAUUUGUUUUUAUAAUUUGUAUGGUUUUUCUUACUCAAAAUUUUACUGUCAGAAGAGUUUGGAUUGAGACUGUCCUUUAGAUACUCGCGAUAGUGUGUUAGGGUUUUUGUUUUUUUCUUUGGGGGGAAGACAUAAGUUUCCUUUAAUGCAUUCUGGUGGUAAAUGCUGCAAGUCCAGAAUAAAUGAAAUGAAGGUAGGUAGUGCUGUAUAUGGUCAAGUAGGUCUGUAUAAAGUGAUGUUUGAAAAUGGCGGAUGAGUGAUGCAUGUGUAAAGACGAAUUUAUUUUCCUUUUAAGUAAAUUUGGGGCUGAGGAGAACGUUGUUCUUGUUUUAGAAAAGUAGAGAGAAUUUUAUUGCUAAAAAUGUUAACCCUUUGUACCGCCAGCAAACAAUGAAGCUUUUCUUGGUAAUUACAAUAAGUAUUUUUGGUGAAACUUGCAUUCAGUACGUGUUUGGUAAUUCUGACCUCUUACUCUGUGUUUAGAUUACAUUUAUUAAUAUUAUUGCCCACAAUUUAGAUUCUUUUCGCCAAGAAAUUCUCGUGAAAAAGUUUUACACAAUUAUAGGUAAUAUGCUUGUAGCCUUUUUUUCCCCCGAUUUAUUUUCUCCUGCAAUACUACAUUUGGCCACUGAGAGGCAAUGCUAUAUAAGUCAGGUCAAGUUUAACAUCUUUUUAAAUUCCACACGUUUGGUUUGUCUUGUGUCGGUCGUUACAAUGGAAGGAUAUUUAUCCAGUUUAAAUGUUUGUUUGGAAAACUACUUUCUAAACCAGUGUGAGUUUGUAGUGCGGAAGAUUUAGUUUUCUCGUCUCUGAUUGGUCAGUUUUUUGCAUUCAUUAUCUUUUCCCUUUUGUUUUGGUGUUAACUGACACUUAAAUCGCCAUUUUGCCCGCUAAUAUUAGAGUAAACCAUAUAUUUGUCAUGUUUUAUACUGGUUUAUUAUACAAUAUUAAGAGUAAUCAGCUUUUGCCGCCCUCGGGUUUACCGUCCUGUAGAAUGACCCCGUUUGUUGUGUGCUGUAGUCGGUAUCGCUUCUCGGCCUUUUGGCUAAGAUCAAGUGUAGUAUCUGUUCUUAUCAGUUUAAUAUCUGAUACGUCCCCUACCCGGGGACCAUAUAUUAAAUUGAUUUUUGGAACAGGGAGAUGGAA